AGGCGGGGCCAUAAGCGGGGCUGCAAAUAGCGCAGGGACCUUCCUGUCCCCGCGGCCCCGACUCCCGAGCCCGGCUCCGUGUGUGCCCCGGGGUCCGCAGGCGAUCGGGAGCGGGGCCCGGGGGGCGCAGAGAAGCGCAGCCGGAGGAAGCUCUCGGGGCAGGGAGAGAGGCUGCCGCAGGGGCAGGAAUCGCUGCCCGGAGAAGUGGCUGCAGCGACGAGGGGAUCCGAGCCCGAUCCGCAGUUGGGACCGGAGGGACCACGGCCCCAGCUCCGGGGCAGCCCGGGCAGGAUUCCUGGUCCCUGACCCCGGGAUCUCCGGGAUGAAGCGUGGGGAUCAGCCAUGUGUCCGGGAUCUCCAGGGCGCCGAGGAAAGGGAGACCCUGGCUGUCACUUGCACAGCAGGUGCAGGAGCGGAGGAGAAUCUGCAGCAGGAAGGGUGUGUGGGAGCGAACCCACACGGGAUGCCCCAGAGCCCCGAGCGGAGAGAUGCUGGCAGGCCAGGAUGGCAUCAGGGAGACCCCCUAGAGGAGAGACCUGAUGAGUGUGAAGCUUAUGGGAUCCCUGAAAACAUCAUUAUUCUGGAAACCACCUACAUGGGAGAGAGACCCUAUAAAUGCCUUGUCUGUGGGAAAUCCUUCAGCCAGAGCUCCCACCUUGUCCAACAUCAACGGAUCCACACGGGGGAGCGACCCUACAACUGCCCCGACUGUGGGAAGAGCUUUAGUCAGAGCUCCCACCUCGCCCAGCACCAGCGCAUCCACACCGGGGAGAGGCCCUACCCAUGCGUUGAAUGCGGGAAGAGCUUCAACCGCAGCCACACGCUGGCCAAGCACGUCCGCACCCACAUGGGCUCGCAGCCCUACAUCUGCCCUGAGUGCGGGAAGAGCUUCAGCCUCAGCUCCCUCCCUCAGCACCUGCGAUCCCACCUGCCGGGGAAGCUGUACACCUGCUCCGAUUGUGGGAAGGACUUCAGCAGCAGCUCCAACCUGGCCCAGCACCAGCGCACCCACACGGGCGAGCGGCCCUACAAAUGCUCGGACUGCGGGAAAGGCUUCAGCCAGAGCUCCAACCUGGUGAAGCACCAGCGCACCCACACGGGGGAGAAGCCUUACAAAUGCACCGAGUGUGGGAAGUGCUUCACCCAGAGCUCCACCCUCAUCCAGCACAGGCGGAUCCACCGGGGCGAGCGCCCCUACAAGUGUCCCGAGUGCGGGAAGAGCUUUGGCCUCAACUCGUCGCUGGGGAAGCACCUGCGCAUCCACACCGGGGAGAGGCCCUACGAGUGCAUGGAGUGCGGGAAGAGCUUCAACCUGAGUGCCAACCUCAUCCAGCACCAGAGGAUCCAUCGUGGGGAGCGGCCCUACAAAUGCCCCGAGUGUGGGAAGUGCUUCAAUCUGAAGUCCACCCUGGUCAAACACCUGCGCACCCACACAGGAGAGAGACCCUAUAAAUGCACCCAGUGCGGGAGGAGUUUCAUCGACAGCUCAAAGCUCAGCAAACAUGCCAGGACCCACGUGGCAGAGAAGUCUCCCCAGGAGGUACUCCAUUCCUCUUACUAGAUGUUUGGCUGCGUGUGUGUUCUCCCUGUGUACUGCCCCAGCUCUGCGCAGACAGCUGGCACAGCAGACCUCGAGCGAACUGCCCAAUGACCAAAGAUCCAUUAAGUGAUGAAUUGGCACAGGUUCCACCCCCGAGCCAUGACCCAUGGUCUGAUAAGAGUCCAGACGCUAUGUGUGAUGAGCAGGAACCCUCCAGAUGUUCAGCCCAUGCAACACUCUCCAGCCGCUCCAGAUGUUCUGCAGGUGACAUCAUUCCUCAGCCCUCUCCAGAUGUUCUGAACUUGUAAUAAUAUCUCUUCCUCUCCCCCAGACCCUUCAGAUGUUCAGGACAUGUGGCAUUACCCCUGAGCCACCCUCUCUUCCCCCUUCUCUGGCCAUUUUUGGGAAUCUUUUCCUUUGCUUUUAACAAAAGCCUGAUGUUGAAUGAUUUUCGGAAGGCUCUGUACAGAGAACACUCCCUGAUUUUAGCCCCUGGCCCCGUUCUCUGCUGGGGGCAAGAUGGGGAAAUGUUCCUGGAGACCCUUUGGGGGUGAGGGGUGUCAGGAGGCAGCAGCCUGGAUGGCUCACAGAACAAUAUGAAGCCACUUGUCCAUUUUUAACCCUGCAAAAGGGGACAAGUUCUGGAGCUGUCUAGCUCAACCCUCCACCUCCUCUUGUAUCAGGAGAGCUCCGUCUGGCCAGGAUGGCUGCUGAGGGUCCCCCGUAAACGUUCUCUUCUGAAAUACUGUCCCAGUAUUGCCUGCAAGAUGGGAAUCGGCAGAAACAGAAGCCCACAACCUCCUUGAUCGUUUACAUUCCUCUAAUCUCCCAGCAGAGGGCGCCCUGCCCCAAGAUUGAAACAGUAAAGGACCAAUAGUCCUGCUGCAACCACCAGGGAAAAUCAACUGCAGGGACUUCCCUGUGCUGCCUGGGAGCUGUCUGGGGAGGGGAGGAGAGGAGAGGGCAGGGGAGAGAAGAACCCUGCUGGGCUCAGUUGCACAGACCCCCUCCUUCGCCCUGUGGUGCAGCAGAGUUAGGAGAGAUCAGAUCAGAUGUAUCCAACAUAGGCUCCCCCACCAGUGGGAUGUGGGCCAGGAGUGGGGUGGUGGAAUAUAGUCCCUCCUUGGGGACAUGGUAUUAUGUUCUCUAGGUCUUGUCAUUUAAAGGCAGGUCUCUCGGAGGCAGCAUCCCUUGAGACACACUUCUCCAGCCGGGAGGUGGAAGACACUUAUUGCUAGGGCCCUACCAAAUCCACAGUCCAUUUUCAUCAAUUUUGUGGCCAGAGGGUUUUAAAAUUGGGCAGUUUCACGUUUUCAGAUAUUUACAUCUGACCUUUCACAGUGCUGUAACCGUGGCAGUCCCAACCCAAAAGGUACCCAGAGAUGGGUGUGAUCUCCCUCUCUGCCCCCAGCAGCCGUACAGGUGAAGAGGAAGUCCUGUCCCUUCCCAUCCCAGCUGGGACUCACAGCUCAGAGCUCCCGGCUGGGGCACUCCCAGAAGUAUGGGGAAGAUCUCAUGGAAGGAGGGUCUCAGCCAUGCUGGCGGAGGGCUUUGGGGGCAGCAGUACCUUGUUAGCCAAGAGGGGAUCUUGUUAGUGCGCUGAAGCUCUGGACCAGGUUAGGAUUUUAGGGCACCUGUCACCCAUUGUGUCCUGUAGUCCUGUUUGCUGCCUGUGACUCUCUGCCCUUCGUUACACUAAGAGCAGCUGCCUCUAGAAAUGACUCUAGGUGCUGUGUGUCGUGUGGAGCUGUGCACAGGGUGUAACCGGUGCGCUGGGGUGUACUGUUGCUGUGGGAACAGCAGGCUUCGUCAGGGGUGAUGGAAGCUCCCUAAAAGUUUGGGGGGGCACCGUUGCUUGAACCGUUAGCCCACUCCCCACGCGGCCUGUUCCCCUGAGGCCCUGCCCCUGCACCGCUCUUUCCCCCAAGCCCCCACCUUUGUGCCACUCCUUCCCCCGAAGCUACCCUCCUCCCCAAGCCCCUGCCCUCGCACCACCCAUUCCCCCUCAGACCCCGCCUCUGGACUGCCUCUUUCCCUGAGGCCCCGCUCCUCUGCCACCUCUUCUCACAAAGACCCCGCCCCCGCUCACUCCUCUCCGCCCCCCCACCACUUGCCUUUAUGGCUGGUAAAAAGUGAUGGGGCCAAGGCCCUCUAGUCCCCCCUCUUCCAGGACCCCUGGACCUGGUAAUGCUGUUAGUGUCCAGGGGACCAGGUCUGGGCACUGCCAGGGGGUGCUCAGAGGACUGUUCCUCUCUAAGCUGCAGAGAGACAGCAGAGCCUGCGUGGGCGGAGAGGGGAGGUCGUGUGGUGCCUGUAGAUGGGAGUCGGGGAGCUGGCCCCCAGCUGGCAGAGCCACGGCUGCUUCACACUAAUGUAAGCGGGGGAACAGUCCCACUGUUGUGGGGAACUUUCCUGGCUUCUGCACUGCCCUGGUGAAGUGGGCUAGCGAAAGGAUCUGAGUCCUCGCUCCCACUUCCUUUACCCAGUGGCCUCCCUGCCCUUGAGGACUCCCCUUCCACUCUCCUGCCUGGCAGAGUCCUCGUAACCCCAACAAGGCUGGGCCCAGGAUUCCUGGGGGGCUCGACCCCCAACCCUGCUGCGGUCACCUAGGACAGGGGCGGGGGCGUCCCCACUCCGGGGUACUCUCUCUGCACUGGGCACUUCUCUGACCCACUGACCACUACAUACAAGUUAAAGCAAAUGCAAGUUAUUUAAUCAACAAUUAUUUUUAAAAAGAAUGAGGAAAAAUGGGAAAGGUUAAAGGAAACACAUCACCCCGCUCUGUGGCAGGGAACAUCACAAACCGUGUCUCUGGAACGUCAGGGCAGUUGACAGUCUGUUCCUUGUAAGUCCCAGGCCUUCUCAGGCCCUGGCUUUGCUGCAGGGAUGCUGUGGGUUGGACACUUGCUCUGGUGGUGGCCACACGCUCUCAGGCUCUAAGAGGUAGGACCCUUCUUCCCAGUGUCACCCCACCCUGUCGGGGUUACGAUCCAAGCCUGGCCUGCGGAGCCUCUUGGCUGAGGCGUCUCCCUGUGCUGGGCCCGCUGCCCAGGGUCCCCCUCGCUCUCCCCAGCUGCUCACCGCGCCCAGCUCCGGACAGCUCCAGCCCCAGCUCCACCACUCGGUCUCUGCACUGCUGCUGCUGUUGCUGCUCUGCCUCCAGCUCCCUGGGCUGCUUUUCUGGCCCCUCUGGCUCUGGUUGCUGCAGUUCUGCUCCCAGGGCAGGUCUGCUCUCUCUGGGCUGUGCCUCUGGCUUCGGGGCUGCAGCUCUGCUCCCAGGACAGGGUCUGCUCUCUCUGGGCUGCUUUUCUGGUCCCUCUGGAUCUGGCACAGCUCUGCUCCCCAGCUUAGCUUGGGCCCCUGCUUUCUCCUUAGCUCGGCCCCACUCUGUCUGACCCAGGCAAAUCCAGCUCACAUGGAGGACGGGACCUCCCUGGCCUCCUGACUCUCUGAUUAGCCUGCCCACCCCGUCAUUCAGGCUGACCUGGAGCAUUGGCUUCUCCCCAUUGUUCCUGGGGGCUGUCAGUCUCAUGGUCCUGAUUCCCCAUCGACCCUUCCCCCUUUUUAGUACUGGGAGCUAGCCAACCAAAACACCCCCACUGAAUGUUAGUAAGGGGGCAACAGUCCCCUUACACUAAGGGCAGGUGCCUCACAACCCUGGAUCUUCCCAGGGAGUGUCCCACAUGGGGAGUGGGACACUGACUUUGCAGGCAGAGGUGGAUUGAGAUCUAUUCAACUAUGUGUGUCAUAGACCCUCUACAGCACUUACAAUAAGGAUUCCCCUUCAACUUGUGAGCCUGGGGCUGGGGCUUUGGCAUGAGGAAGGGAUGGGAUCUCCUCCUGCUGUUGAGAUCCACAGCAGCCCUUCCUUUCCGCCAGGGCACUGAGCUGGCACAGAGAGAACAAAGGGUCUGGGAUAGAGCCAGGAGUCAAACCCAAAUCUCUUGACUCAGGGCCACACCUUAGUCCCCAGACAAGUUGGAGUCAUUCCCUCUGGGGUGGUUGUGACAUUCCCCUCUGGUGUUAUCUGGACCGGUGAUCUGAUAGGCCUCUCCAGUCCUUGGCUCUGGGAGCCAGCCUUCCCCUGCUCUGCUGUGAGAACCCCCACUCCUGGGCUAUCCACGCACAGCCUCUGGCAUGUAAGCUGCUCCCCGCUACUUGCAAGCGAAUGACACUAGCCAAUAUCUCCGGUCCCAGACACAACCCUGGGAACCUCCAUCUUGCAGUGUCCAGUUAUGCCUGCUGGCUGCUGCAAGCUUAUAUAAGUUUGUCAAUAUAACAAAGAAAUUGCUAUGUACCAGGCUUCUUAUCCUAAGGGGAGUCUCUGACACACUGCAAACCAAAUGCACUGCUUCAGGUAGAAUAAACAAACAGAUUUAUUAACUAUAAAGGUAGAUUUAAGUGAUUAUAAGUCAAAGCAUAACAAGUCAGAUUUGUUUAAAUGAAAUAAAAGCAAAACACAUUCUAAGCUGA